GCCAUUUAAUUUUCUCUUUUCCAAAAGCUAAAUCUACGCACCGUUUACAAGGCAAUCGUACAGUUUCACCAAUUUGUGUCACGAGGGCUUGAACGGGCCAAUAACCUUUUCCACGAGCCUUUUCUUCGCCUGUUAAACACUGGUGAUACAGUUUAGCAAGUUUCUCUGCAUGUUUAAUUUGAUCAAGAGAUUUCCAACGACACGGUCCAACGAAAGGAACACUUGGAUCCUUGAACUCUUGUUCACAGCCAUGACAAAUAACUAUGAAAAGCAUAAAAUAACAUCCAAACAUCAUUUCAAGCAAACGUUGAAAUUUAAUUAAAAAUGACAGCGCCGUUUUGAUUCAAAAGAUCUAUCUGUAAUUCAAAGAAUAAGUGAAACCAAUAUGAUGAAGAGAUUAUAGAUGUUAGUCGUAAAGCGGAUGUGAAUCAUCUAACAUCUACGUACACUGUAAAGGAGAAAAUGCACCUUCAAAACGACAAAUUGAACAAGUGAUAGAUGUGAGGAAUUAUAUUCUAUUUCGGCUUUUGAUUGUAUUCUUCAUGUUUAGCCGUACGACUUCUUAUUCGACGAUCAAGAUGGCGCCAGUCGUACUGCCAAACUUUUUCCUACCAUUGCAGACUCAAUCCCGCUGAUAAUGCUUCAACCAACUCGUUUCCAAUUUGAGUUGGACCAUUUUGAAAAAUCUGUACGUCUCAUCGAUUUAAAAUUAGCGGAUGCAGGUUGGUAUAUGUGUACUCCACAUCAUCUCAUUUAUCACUUGACCGUAACAACUCAUUUUGAUCACAAUAUCAAAUUACAAACCACACAAAAUGUUCAACAAUUAUUGUUGAAAACUAAAUUAAAACGCUACAAUUUACAGUUGGAAUUUCCUUUACUUUACACAACAACAUGUCAACCGUGUAACUCACCAAAAGGCAUAAAAAAACUACAUUAUGGUUGCAGUGUGAAAGAAAUUAAAGGUCAUACAAAAAAUGGAAAAAAUCCAAAGAAAUCUAGGCUAAAGACGAAUUCAAAAAUAAAAAUAAACUUGACAAUACCAUUAUUAAAACGAUUUGAGCAAGGUAUAAAGUAUAGAAAUAUUUCUUAAUUAAAAGUAACCCUUGCAUAAGUUAGUAAUAGAACGAACUCUGCAAGUUCGGAUCUGCAAUGGUAAAAUAUGUUAGUUCUGUUACUGAAGUGUUUAAGGAGUGCUUUUGAUGUUAUGAAAAUGUUUCUGGGUGAUCAACACUACUAGUUAGAAUUCUGAUUUAAUUAUUCCAAUAUUCACGACAAGACAGUUAACAGUGGUUAUUAAACAGAUCGUAGAGAAAGAAGGAGUAAUAGGAUAAAUAUCGUGAGUGAGCGUCACUAAUCGGCUAUUAUUCUAGGAAUUCCAUGUCAGUCAACUUUAUUACCGGAAAGUUUGCGUAUAUAUUUGAGAAAGACAUCUGACCGUACCAAUGAAAUUUCAUGUAAUGAAAAAUGUUCAAUGUUUAAACAUCUAUCGGUCGACAGGAACACUUCGCACGCUAAAGACUCGUCGCUCAAUGAUUUUCCACCAAGUGCGUCCUUUCUCAAACAACUAACAGUUGUUGCAUGGAAAAAUCGAU